AAUCAGUGUGCAGGACGGGCAAGGAGGGUGGUGGACGGCGAAGUCUCCUGCGGAUGCCGCCCGCUCCCGAGCUUCUGUCAGGGGAGCGGGCGUGCGGGGGCGGCUGAGGAGGCGGGAAGGCGGCAGUGGUUGAAGGGGUGAUUGCUGACUAGCGGGGAGGGAGUGGGCAGCGAUGGUGAUGGCGGCGAAGAAGGGCCCGGGCCCGGGCGGCGGGGUCAGCGGGGGCAAGGCGGAGGCGGAGGCGGCCUCGGAGGUGUGGUGCCGUCGGGUGCGGGAGCUGGGUGGCUGCAGCCAGGCCGGGAACCGCCACUGCUUCGAGUGCGCCCAGCGCGGGGUCACCUACGUGGAUAUCACCGUGGGCAGCUUCGUGUGCACCACCUGCUCCGGCCUCCUGAGAGGGCUGAACCCCCCUCAUCGUGUCAAGUCAAUCUCCAUGACAACUUUCACUGAGCCUGAAGUAGUAUUCCUGCAAUCCCGUGGAAAUGAGGUUUGCCGGAAGAUUUGGUUGGGUCUAUUUGAUGCUCGGACAUCUUUAGUACCAGAUUCCAGGGAUCCUCAGAAAGUGAAGGAGUUUCUCCAGGAAAAAUAUGAGAAGAAGAGAUGGUAUGUCCCCCCAGACCAAGUCAAGGGGCCCACUUAUACCAAAGGCAGUGCCUCCACCCCUGUGCAGGGCUCCAUCCCAGAAGGGAAGCCCCUUCGGACACUUCUGGGUGAUCCUGCACCGUCUCUCUCAGUUGCUGCCUCCACCUCAAGCCAGCCCGUCAGUCAGUCUCACGCUCGGACAUCCCAGGCCCGGAGCACUCAGCCACCUCCCCAUUCCUCUGUCAAAAAAGCCAGUACUGACCUGCUGGCUGACAUCGGUGGAGACCCCUUUGCUGCACCCCAGAUGGCACCAGCUUUUGCUGCAUUCCCUGCCUUUGGGGGCCAGACACCUUCCCAAGGAGGCUUUGCCAACUUUGAUGCCUUUAGCAGUGGCCCCAGCUCUUCUGUGUUUGGAAGCCUCCCUCCAGCUGGUCAAGCCUCGUUCCAGGCCCAGCCAACUCCUGCAGCCAGUCGGAUGCUAACUGAAAGUUACAGCUUUGGGAGCAGCCAGGGGACUCCAUUUGGUGCCGCUCCCCUGGCACCCACCAGUCAGCCAAACAGCCUCGCAGACGUGGGCAGCUUCCUGGGACCCGGGGUGCCCGCUGCAGGUGUUCCUAGCAGCCUCUUCGGGAUGGCUGGCCAGGUCCCCCCGCUCCAGUCUGUCACGACAGGCGGCGGCGGCAGCAGCACAGGGCUGGCCUUUGGAGCCUUCACUAACCCUUUCACAGCUCCCGCCGCCCAGUCCCCGCUGCCUUCCACCAACCCGUUCCAGCCCAAUGGCUUGGCGCCAGGGCCCGGCUUUGGGAUGAGCAGUGCUGGGCCUGGCUUCCCCCAGGCAGUGCCACCCACCGGAGCCUUUGCCAGCUCCUUCCCAGCACCGCUGUUCCCCCCGCAGACCCCGCUGGUUCAGCAGCAGAAUGGCUCUUCCUUCGGGGACUUAGGAUCAGCCAAGUUGGGGCAGAGGCCACUGAGCCAGCCAGCUGGGAUCUCCACCAACCCCUUCAUGACUGGACCCUCAUCAAGCCCAUUCGCCUCCAAGCCUCCACCCACCAACCCCUUCUUGUAGCACUGUGUUUUUGGGGGGCCUCUUCCCUGCCUUCUGGGGCCCCUCUGCUCCCUAGAGCUCUGGUGACCACUUGCCUGUGGGCAUUUCUAUGGGCCUUGGGGAUGGUGGAGGUGCUAAUGCUUUGCUUGGGGCCUACAGGUGAAAGGUGGCUGCCCUCAGAUUCCACAAAGCCUCUGCUCCCCUCCCUCGUCCCACCCUCACCCAGGCAGGAAGCCCAGGAGGAGUGCGGGCAGGUCCUGACCUGGAGGAGUGAUGGUUGAGGGGGAGGGAUUUUUUUCAAAUGAUCAGUCCCCUGUGGAACAGCUCUUCCCUGGGCCUAGCUCGCCAGCGCUGUGCUCCUCAUGGACGGGAGCGCAGUGGGGAAGGUAGGGGAAAGAUGAGGCACAGUGUUGAUGGGGCAGUGACCAGACAGUCCUGAGACCCAGAAGGCCCAGGUGGCCCAAGUGCUCUUGGUGGCCCAGCUUGGCCAGCACACGCUUUCCUCCUGCAGCACCCCCUGCUGAAGGGGUCCCCCAUUGUUUUGCUUCCCCAGCGCCCAGGAUGAGCGGUUUACCAUCGAGCUCACCCGGGCCCGGCUCCUGUCAAGCACUUUAGUUAGCUGUUGGUGUCAUGUUUGGAUACCAGUGUUUUAUAUUUAUACAUAGAGAGGAUUUUCUAAUAUAGCCUAUUAUAUAUAAAUAGAUCUAUCUAUAUGCACAUACAUACAUAUAUACACACACCCAGCCGAUCUCCCGCUCCCAGACUGCUCUCGUAUGUGGGGAAUGGGAUGAAUCCCCAUCUGUGCCUCGACCAUCAAAGCCGGAGCUCCAGGGCUGGAGGGGGGCAGCCAUGUGUCCUGACCCCCACCAUCCCCAGAGCCUGGGUUUUCCAGGGAAAGGCUUUGUGCAAUUGCCUGGUCUUUUUUUUUUUUUUUUUUUCUCCAUGUGCCUCCCUGUCCCCAAAUCUCUGCACCAAAGCUCAUUGCAGGCAAUGUUGGAAAAGAACUGCAUUUGAACGAAAGAGAAAA